CUGUGUUCGGCCGGACGGUCCAGCUGCCCUCGCUCCUCUCUGCCUCUGCUGCCGCCUCAGUUGUCGGGCUGGACAUUAGAUUAUUUUCCACAAAACAAGCGCACACGAGGAGGACGAGAGUGGAGUAGGGGCCCGGAGAAGUGAGGACGAUGACCGUCGAGUUUUGGGAGCCGCUGUAAGGGACUGGAAGAGGAGGAAGAGGAGGAGAUGGCCGUGCACGUAUUCAAAUGCCUGCGCCGACCUGAGCGCUAGAAACAACCAACAGAGCCGUGUUUCCACAGGGGAGUUAUGGAAUAUGAGGAUCCAGACAUGCCCCCCGCUGACACCCCUAUCAAGAGAGGAGGAGCCUUGUCCAAGAAGACUCAUUUGACCCAGAUUGAAGCGAUCCCGUGCAAGAUCUGCGGCGACAAGUCCUCUGGCGUGCAUUAUGGAGUCAUCACCUGCGAGGGCUGCAAGGGAUUCUUCAGGCGCAGCCAGCUGCCCACUGUGUCCUAUUCCUGCUCCAGGCAGAGUAACUGUCAGAUCGACCGGGCCAGUCGCAACCGCUGCCAGCACUGCCGUCUGCAGAAGUGCUUGGCACAGGGCAUGAGCAGAGAUGCCGUGAAGUUUGGAAGGAUGUCCAAACGCCAGCGGGACUCUCUGAUCGCCGAAGUGGAGAAGCACAGGCAGCAGAAGCUGCAUCAGCAGCAGCUUCAGGGAGACAGGCAAGACCGCUCCCCCCAGCUCCUCCAGCCCAUGGCUCCGGCCUACCCUGUCAAUGGUGAGGCUGAGCUGCUGUCCUACACCAAUAAUGUUCACCCUUACCUUGUGUACUCGGCCAACGAGUCGCAGGGUUCAAGGAUGAUCUACAGAAGCUCUGGUGUCCCUCCUGCACCCAGAUCCCAGGGGAGGGGGGGACAAAACGGACACCCUGACAUAAGAGGGUUUGAAUUGAGACAGCAAUCUCAUGAUCUGACGGCGAUCCAUCCCUACAGCCCUCUGGAGGAAUCCUACAGCAUUUAUCCUCACUCUCUGAGAAACAUAGAUGAGCUGUGUGCCAGUAUCGUGCGUUCCCACAGAGAGACCAGCCAGUUCAGAGUGGAGGAGCUCCAGGCUCUCAGGUGGAAGCUGUUCAGUAGAGAGGAGAUCCAAGCCUAUCAGAACAAAUCAGUGGACGACAUGUGGCAGCAUUGUGCCAUUCGAUUGACCGAUGCCGUGCAGUAUGUAGUGGAGUUCGCAAAACACAUCCCAGGUUUCCGUAUGCUCAGCCAGAACGACCAGAUUGCACUUCUCAAAACAGGCUCCAUGGAGGUGGUUCUAGUCAGGAUGUGUCGGUUCUUCAACACAGAGAACAACACUGUCUUCUUCGAUGGGAAAUUUGCUGGAGUUGAGGUCUUUAAGUCUCUGGCGUGUGGUGAUUUGAUCACAGCAGUGUUCGACUUCGCUCAUGACAUGUGCGCUCUGAAGCCCACUGAGCAGCAGAUCGCUCUCUUCAGUGCUCUGGUGCUGAUCAACGCAGACCGUCCAUGUCUGGAGGACAGAGGCAGGGUGCAGCGGGUGCAGAGAAGCGUGGAGUUAGGACUCACACACAUUCUACACCGAGACAACCUGGAAGGUCUAUUGCACAAGCUGUACCAGAGGAUGGCAGUGUUGCGAUCGCUGUGCAGUCUUCACAUGGAGAAGCUGCGCUGGUUCAGUCAGCGUUACCCUCUCACGGCUCACUCUCUGUUCCCUCCGCUCUACAAGGAGCUGUUCGCAUCAGAAGCCGAGCUGCUGCCAGGGACCACACACUGAUUAUCCAGCAGCAUAAACCAAACAGACACACAAACACACACAUGCAUAGACACAUUAUUUUAUCACUUUCUGACAGAGUCUAUUUUUCUAAUAAUGGAAAUAAAUGAGAUGGCCAUAGUAAUCAUAGUGUAUUAAGUAUUACAUGACCUCCAGAGCUUUGUUUUGGUAGCUUAUGUCAAACAUACAUUUCAAUAUUUUGAACAGUUUUACUCCCAGAGGAAUUUUGUGUUUUGUCCCAACAUUGUCUUUGGGAUACAGGAUUCAUUUUCCCUCUGUUGUGAUUCUGUUCAGUCAAUGUGUGUUGACUGUCAAUGCUUUCAGACAGAUAGAUUCAAAGAGGCAGGACAAUGGCAACAUGGUCCACUGAGACUGAAAGUCGUAGUCCACUCAACAUCUGUCCAACAGCUUUGGAUCAGCAGUGGAUUUGAAUCUGAAUGCAAAGUACAAAAAGGAAAUAGCACAAAAUAUCAGGUUAAAAUACAGAGAAUUUUUUUUUACAGAUGCUAGAAUGAUGGAACUCAAAAGAGAACAUACCUCUGCCAAGGCCCAACCGUCCCCUUAAAUACAAUCAAGCUGCACCAAGUUUCACACACGGUUUCCCUAAAUGUGCCUCCUUUCCCCCCCAAGAUCUGUAAAUUAUUCCUUGGGUAAACAGUGAAGAUAUUGCAAUGUUAAAGAAAGAGAAAACAGAUUCCUGCGUCUGCCCCCUGAACUGGAUCCACACCACAUUCUUACUUUGACCGAGUUCAUGGAGAUCUGUUCAGUUGUUUUUGUUUAAUCUUGCUCACAAACAAAAAGAACAACAAACAAACGGUAUGGGUGAAGCAAAAAAAAACGUCUAUCUUUUGUGAAAUCAUACUCUACUUUCAGGAACCUUGAGCACAUAGUGAUCACAGUUUGGCAUCAGCUCAGCAUCAUUGUGAUAUUUCAAUCAUGUAAGAUAUUUGAAGGUAAAUGUACAUGUCCAAACAAGUAGUCCCUACAAAAUGUGAAACAUUGGAAGAAAUCAUAUUCAUACUCAGAUACAGAGAAAAACCUCUGUAUCUGUUAUAUCUGAAUUUGUAAAUGACUCGAAACGACAUGCGAGAACUUGCCUCUUUGUAUCUACAUGUCUCUAGAGAAGGCUUUCUCCUCAGGUUGAUAUUGUCAAGUCCUACGAAGGAGCAGUACCUCAAACUUUUUUUUAUCCUUUGUGUUUGAAUAACUUCUCACUGGCUUUUGUAUCUUUAAAGCUUUGGAAACAAUGUUGCAUUUAAUGUAUAAAACAUGGUUGAGAUACAGUAGACGUUGCUUCCUCUGUGUGCAAACUUUUCCCUUUUUCUGAUUGAACUUGCAUAUGUUUUGUUUUCUCUACACACAGUAACUUUAAAUAAAGCAAUGAGUAAAGAGGAAAUGACGAGAGGCUCCAGCAUUAAAUACCGUCUGUCCGGGUGUAGUCUUCUCUGUUCCUGGAACAGCUGAGAUCAUAAUGAAGUUAAAUCCAUGUAAAUCCUCUAAUAAACUGCUCAGGCUGUGACACCAA